UCUUUUAACACAAAUCGGUCACAUUUGCAGUAAUGAUUCACGAGCUGUUGUUGGCACUGAGUGGAUAUCCUGGUACCAUAUUCACAUGGAAUAAACGGAAUGGAUUACAGGUGUCCCAAGACCUGCCAUUUCUUCAUCCAAGUGAAACCAGCGUUCUCAAUCGUUUGUGCAAGCUCGGUUCUGAUUAUGUUCGCUUUACGGAGUUCAUCGAACAACACACGGGUCAUGUACACCAGCAGGAUCAUUAUGCCAACCAGCCAAACCAGUCUGGACUUCACGGCAUUUACCUGCGAGCUUUUUGUACGGGCCUGGACUCAAUGCUGCAGCCGUAUCGACAAGCACUCCUAGACUUGGAACAGGAGUUUCUUGGUGACCCACAUCUCUCAAUAUCUCAUGUGAAUUACAAGCUUGAUCAAUUUCAGCUCUUAUUUCCAUCUGUCAUGGUUGUCGUGGAGACCAUUAAAUCUCAGAAGAUUCACGGCUGUCAAAUACUGGAGACGGUUUAUAAGCACAGCUGUGGAGGACUGCCCCCUGUCCGGAUGGCUUUGGAGAAGAUACUUGCAGUUUGCCAUGGGGUGCUGUAUAAACAGCUGGCAGCAUGGAUGCUCCAUGGGCUGUUGCUAGAUCAGAGUGAAGAGUUCUUCAUCAGGCAGGGCCCAAGUGCAGGGGCAGCUGCAGCCGCACAAGAGGAGGAUGAAGAAGACUUGGGAAUUGGAGGAUUGAGUGGAAAACAGCUGCGGGAGCUGCAGGACUUGAGACUGAUUGAGGAGGAAAACAUGCUUGCCCCCUCGCUGCAGCAGUUUUCCCUGCGUGUGGAAAUGCUGCCUUCGUACAUCCCUGUUCGAGUGGCUGAGAAAAUCCUGUUUGUCGGCGAAUCUGUCCAGAUGUUUGAGAACCACAACCAGAGCCCAGCGAGAGCUGGCUCUAUUCUGAAGCACCAAGAGGAUACCUUUGCUGCAGAGUUUCACAGACUGAAACAGCAGCCUCUCUUCAGUCUGGUAGAUUUUGAGAAUCUAAUUGAUGGCAUUCGAAGCACUGUAGCGGAGCAUUUAUGGACGCUGAUGGUGGAGGAAUCAGAUCUUUUGGGGCAACUCAAGAUAAUAAAAGAUUUUUAUUUAUUGGGACGUGGUGAACUCUAUCAAGUCUUCAUUGACCAUGCACAACAUAUGCUUAAGACUCCGCCUACAGCUGUCACAGAGCAUGAUGUCAAUGUAGCUUUCCAACAAGCCGCUCACAAAGUGCUGCUUGAUGAUGACAAUUUGUUGCCUCUGCUCCACCUCACCAUUGAUUACCAAGGAAAAGAAAACAAAGAGGCUUCUGGAAACCGUGACAGUGCCACACCUCCCCAGGACACCUCCCCUCGAGAGAUUCCACCCACAGGUUGGGCUGCACUGGGAUUGGCCUAUAAAGUACAGUGGCCUCUGCACAUUCUGUUCACUCCGGCUGUGUUGGAAAAGUAUAACGUUGUAUUCCGGUACCUGCUGAGUGUGCGUAGAGUGCAGUCAGAGCUACAGCACUGCUGGGCUCUGCAGAUGCAGCGAAAGCACCUGAAGUCAAAUCAGACUGAUGCCGUCAAAUGGAGGCUACGUAACCACAUGGCUUUCUUAGUUGAUAAUCUUCAGUAUUACCUUCAGGUGGAUGUGUUGGAGUCCCAGUUUUCACAGCUUUUACAACAGAUCAAUUCUACACGAGACUUUGAGAGCAUCAGACUGGCUCAUGACCACUUCCUGAGCAAUCUCUUAGCCCAGUCCUUCAUCCUGUUAAAACCCGUUUUCCACUGUUUGAAUGAUAUCCUGGAGCUGUGUCACAGUUUCUGUUCACUGGUUAGCCAGACACUGGGUCCGCUGGAUGAAAGAGGGACAGCCCAGCUUGACAUUUUAGUCAAGGGGUUCAGUCGGCAGUCUUUUCUGCUCUUCAAGAUUCUGUCAAGUGUUCGCAACCACCAGAUCAAUUCUGACCUGGCUCAGCUCCUGCUGCGGCUUGAUUAUAAUAAAUAUUACACUCAAUCAGGAGGCACACUGGGCAGUUUUGGACUAUGAAGAAAUACAUGAAAAUCUCAU